CGGUCUGCGCGGCGCCGCGCCGGGCCAGCUCCUCAGCUUCCAGCCAAGAUGGCGGAGAGCGGCGAGGCGCUGGGCACGGUCCCGGAGCACGAGCGGAUCUUGCAGGAGAUUGAGAGCACUGACACCGCCUGCGUAGGGCCCACUCUCCGGUCUGUGUAUGAUGACCAACCAAACGCACACAAGAAGUUUAUGGAAAAGUUAGAUGCUUGUAUCCGCAAUCAUGACAAGGAAAUUGAAAAAAUGUGUAAUUUUCAUCAUCAGGGUUUUGUAGAUGCUAUUACAGAACUUCUUAAAGUCAGGACUGAUGCAGAAAAACUGAAGGUGCAAGUUACUGAUACCAACAGAAGGUUUCAAGAUGCUGGAAAAGAGGUGAUAGUACAAACAGAAGAUAUUAUUCGAUGUAGAAUUCAGCAGAGAAAUAUUACAACUGUAGUAGAGAAAUUGCAGUUAUGCCUUCCAGUGCUGGAAAUGUACAGUAAACUAAAAGAACAGAUGAAUGCAAAAAGAUAUUAUUCAGCCCUUAAAACUAUGGAACAAUUAGAGAAUGUGUACUUUCCCCGGGUUAGUCAGUACCGCUUUUGUCAGCUAAUGAUGGAAACUCUUCCUAAACUCCGUGAAGAUAUUAAAGAAAUCUCCAUGUCUGAUCUCAAGGACUUUUUGGAAAGCAUUCGAAAACAUUCUGACAAAAUAGGUGAAACAGCAAUGAAACAGGCACAACAGCAGAAAAUCUUCAGUGUUGUUCUACAGAAACAAAAUAAUAUGAAAUUUGGGAAAAAUAUGCAUAUAAAUGAUGACAGAGUUUCAGAAGAAAAGAAUGAUGUAUUGAAACAUGUACUUGAAGAGGAGACUGAGAAUGAAGAGGAGGGUGAUGAAGAAACAUUUGAAAAUUAUUACCGAAAGCAAAGAAAGAAACAAGCAAGACUGGUAUUACAGCCCCAGUCAAGUAUGCAUGAAACUGUUGAUGGCUAUAGAAGAUAUUUCACUCAAAUUGUAGGAUUUUUUGUGGUGGAAGAUCACAUUUUACAUGUGACCCAAGGAUUAGUAACCAGAGCAUACACUGAUGAACUUUGGAACAUGGCGCUCUCAAAGAUAAUUGCUGUCCUUAGAGCUCAUUCAUCUUACUGCAGUGAUCCGGAUCUUGUUCUGGAAUUGAAGAAUCUCAUCGUAAUUUUUGCAGAUACUUUGCAGGGUUAUGGUUUUCCAGUCAACCGACUUUUUGACCUUUUAUUUGACAUAAGAGAUCAAUACAAUGAAACACUGCUUAAGAAAUGGGCUGGUAUCUUCAGGGACAUUUUUGAAGAAGAUAAUUAUAGCCCCAUCCCUAUUGCCAGUGAAGAAGAGUAUAAAAUGGUCACCAGCAAAUUUCCCUUUCAAGAUCCAGACCUUGAAAAGCAAUCUUUCCCAAAGAAAUUUCCCAUGUCUCAGUCAGUGCCUCUUAUUUAUAUUCAAGUUAAAGAAUUUAUUUAUGCCAGCCUUAAAUUUUCAGAGUCACUACACCGAAGUUCCACAGAAAUAGAUGAUAUGCUUAGAAAGUCAACUAAUCUGCUGCUGACCAGAACUUUGAGUAGCUGUUUACUGAAUCUUAUUAGAAAACCUCAUAUAGGUUUGACAGAGCUGGUGCAAAUCAUCAUAAACACAACACACCUGGAACAAGCUUGCAAAUACCUUGAGGACUUCAUAACUAACAUCACAAAUAUAUCUCAAGAAACUGUUCAUACCACAAGACUUUAUGGACUUUCUACUUUUAAGGAUGCUCGACAUGCAGCAGAAGGAGAAAUAUAUACCAAACUUAAUCAAAAAAUUGAUGAAUUUGUUCAGCUGGCUGAUUAUGACUGGACAAUGGCUGAAUCAGAUGGAAGAGCUAGUGGUUAUUUAAUGGAUCUUAUUAAUUUUUUGAGAAGCAUCUUCCAAGUGUUUACUCAUUUGCCCGGGAAAGUUGCCCAAACAGCUUGUAUGUCAGCCUGCCAGCAUCUGUCAACCUCCUUAAUGCAGAUGCUUCUGGACAGUGAGUUAAAGCAGAUAAGCAUGGGAGCCAUUCAGCAGUUUAACCUAGAUGUCAUACAGUGUGAAUUGUUUGCCAGCUCUGAGCCUGUGCCAGGAUUCCAAGGGGACACCCUGCAGCUAGCAUUCAUUGACCUCCGACAACUCCUUGACCUGUUUAUGGUUUGGGACUGGUCUACUUAUCUAGCUGAUUAUGGACAGCCGGCAUCCAAGUACCUUCGUGUGAACCCAAACACAGCCCUUACACUUUUGGAGAAGAUGAAGGAUAUGAACAAAAAGAACAAUAUAUUUGCUCAGUUCAGAAAGAACGAUCGAGACAAGCAGAAGUUGAUAGAGACAGUUGUGAAGCAGCUCAGAAGUUUGGUGAAUGGCAUGUCCCAGCACACGUAGAGGCAUGUUGCUCGCACUGUGACAUCAAAUCCAUGCCUGAGCAUUUCUCUCUGGAGCACGGGUCAUGACGCAGUGAUUUGUUUACAGAAUUUAAAGAACAGUAAAGAAAACACGCUGAUGAGGGCUUAAACAAGUAAUGAUAACAAAUACCAUUUGUAUGCAUUUUUAAAUAACUGAAUAAUAUUUUAUAUAUGAAAAUGUAACCUUAAUUUUUUUUAAUUUUAGAGGAAAAGACAAAACUGUAAUAUAUAAAUCAAAUUGUAUAUGUAAACUGAUUGAAGAUGCAUUAGAAAAACUUGUGUCUGUACUUCUAAGUAUUUUUUUUCUCCUAUUUAAACUUGAAUGAGCUUGCUUUUGCUUCAGGGUAGUUGGGGAUACAGUUAUGUCUGAUAGAGGAAGAUUUCACUGUCAUUGUUGGGCUUUUUAGCUUUUAUUUUAACCUCAGUGUACUUAAGUGCUCUGAAAUUUUUAAUUCUGCUAAUUCUGAGGGGGGAAAUACACAAAUCUUCAAAAUUCCUGAAAAUCAUACUCAGUAAGGAUGUAAAUUAUUUGUUAUAGUUGGAUCGUUGAGCUUAAUCGUUCUGAAUAUGAAGAAAAAAUUCUGGAUUUUUCCAAAACCGAAGUCAUUAUUUCUAUCUAUAUUUCUUGUAGCUGACCCCAUUCUAAAGUUUGUUUUAGUUUGGUUCAAGUUAAAAGAGAAGACACUUAAAGGGCUGAUAACUUAAGGUGUAGCUUGUCCCAAAGUAGAUAAUGAAGUCAGCACAGCACAGGCAUAACUCUGUUCAAGUAGUCAGUCCAUCUCAGUACUGUCUAGAUACUUUGGAGGCCGACUGAGCCAGCUCAAUUCUGGAAACCAUAUAAGGCAGAUGGACCUUUUCCUCUGUGUCAGGGUGACCCAACUGGCAAUGUAAACUCGACCUUUACUUUCUCCUGUUGUAAUUAUGCUGAGAUACCUCCUUUGCAUUUUCCGGAUUUUUGCCUGUAAGACUAUCUGACUCUGUAAAAUAGGUGUAAAGAGCCAUGUUUACAUCUCUUGAUUUUUGUGAUGAAACAUUAAAAAGGUUGAGAGCUACUGACUA